AUGGAUUCAUCAACUAUCUGUUUUUUCGUACUUAUCUUUAUUGGGUUUGUUUAUGUUAAAAGACAGAAUUCAAUAAACAGAGAGAUUCAUCAACAACCUUCAAAAUUAGUCUCUCAUAAAGAAUCAGCUCUUGAAGUUUCUGAUGAAACUGCAGAUGAAACAAUAGAUGAUGCUGGUGAAGAGGAUCCAAUAUUGAACGCUGUGAGAACUGCAAAAAGAAAUGUUACCACCGAUAUGAUAGAAAUAGUACAAACGAUGGCUCCGACUUUGAAUGUAGAUCAAAUUAGAUAUAGUUUAGAAAAUACAGGUACCAUUGAAGGUACCGUCGAGGCAUACUUAUCUGGACAAGAAUUUCCUUUCCCACCAAGAAAGCGUGCUACGAAAUCUGGUAAUAGCAAUGAAAAGGAAACUGAACAAAAUGAGCAUUAUGCAACUUCGGAUGAUGAAGAAGAAGAAUUGAAGGAAUAG